AUGGUAAACAGGAGUAUUGACGUUGAAGCUAUUACAAACGAGAUAUAUCUUGUCACCUACUUACUAGUGUUGGUUUUGCAAGUUUUUUGUAUCGGGAUCAAUGGAUUGAUUAUUAUUUUCUUUGCAAAAAUUCCAUGUCUUCGAAAAAACAAGCAUCUACGUCUUGUAUUCUACCUAUCGGUUGGUGAUUUUUUCAACGCGAUAUGGUCAACUCCUUAUAUAGUUUACAUGAUUGCUAAUUGGAAUCCAAUAAGGCUAGAUUUCGACCCUCUAUUCAUUUUAAUUUCUUCAUUAUCUCUACCAAUUCAACUGAAAAUUUCAGCAAUUGUUACAAUUGGUAUCGCGUUCAGCAGAUAUUUGGCGGUUUUCUUUCCCGUCCAAUUCCGUAAAACUGAACAGAGCGUGUAUUCUGAAACAGUCCUCGCAAUCGGUUUGACACUAGGCCUAUUCGAUGCCAUUCUGUGGUUUCUUUUAUCGCCGCCAAGUAAAGUUCCAGAUUGUGGAACCAGUGGAUGCUUUGUCAGUUAUGAAUAUCGAUAUUAUUGGGGAAUAUCUAAUAUGAUUCUCGGUUUAAUAGUUAUAAUUCUUUCUCUCAGCUUUUUCUUCAAAAUCAAAGCUGCAACCGGCGUGUCUCCACAACAACAUCAUACAUAUCAUCAAGCAAAUCGGACAUCCACCGGAAUUCUCAUUUCCUCUCUCUGUUUUCUCACGGUUCCAAGUAUCUGCGUGGGGUUAGUGGAAUUAGUUGGAUUCUCGAUUUUUAAACUCUUGGGGCCCUUUUAUACAGCAUGUCUUAUUUCCAGUGGAAUUUGCAACGGAAUUAUUUUCAUAUUGUGCAAUGGAGACGUUCGACAGCUUAUCAGAAGUAAACAUCUCGAUAUUCUGACGUCUUCUAUUUCUGUGGUCCCGAGAAUUGAAAUUACUCACUAAUGUGCUAG